AUGGACGAAGCACACUACAGAGACCUCGAUCGAUGCCCAGACUACUCCCCCUUCUUCGGAGCGCUAGGCUGCGCCCUCUCCAUAAUCCUCACCGUCUUCGGCGCCUCCUACGGCACCGCCAAGUCCUCUGCCGGGCUCUUCUCCUCCGGCGUCCUCCGCCCCGACCGCGUCAUGCAAAACACCCUCCCCACCAUCAUGUCCCAAAUCCUCUCCAUCUACGGCCUCGUAAUCUCAGUCAUCAUAUCCUCCUCCCUGAUCGAGUCCGUCCCCCUCUUCACCUCGUUCCUCCACCUAGCCGCCGGCCUCUCCGUCGGCCUCUGCGGUCUCGCCGCCGGCUUCUCCAUCGGCAUCGUCGGCGACGCGGGCAUCCGGGCGUCUACCCAGCAGCCUAGGCUCUACACCGGCAUGGUCCUCAUCCUCAUCUUUGCUGAGGUGUUGGGGUUGUAUGGCGUUAUUGUUAGUAUUCUCAUGAUCACUAGGAGUAGGGGAGGGGAGGGCUUGUUUGGAGUAAGAACACCAUCAAGGCUUUUGAGCAGAGGGGGAGAGACGGGAACGGUCGGUGUUUGA